GUUAUUUCCCAUAGCACCGAAACCAGGCUGAGUGGCGUAGGGGAUAGCGGUAGUUCCCCCGGGCCAUGUCCCAUGCGUCUGACCACCUUGCGGUCCCCGCGACGAAUCAGGUGCUCUGUUGAGCUGUCUGCGCAACUCUUCAUUCUGACGAUUGAGCUCCCUGAUUUUCUGUGCGGCUUUCGUCAGUGUUUCAUGACGCUUCGCCAGGUCAACCUUCCCAUCUGUCACUUCACGAAUUGCUUGCUGAAGCUCCGCGAAUCCCUCUCCCUCCUUCUCUCUGUAUAUGCGCUGCAAGUCUGCCUUGCUCUGGGGCGUCUCGGGGUAGUUUGCGUUGAAGGACAUCUUGAAAGUAUGUUGGGUGUGCUGUGGGUUCUGAGUGGGUUCUGUGCAGCCUAUUUAUCCAUUGUCGUCUCCACGAGUGCGGACUGUUCAACGUUGCCCGUUGUCUUUUGUCAGGAUCGUCUCCUUCGACGAUAUUGUACGCGACUCCCAAAGCGAAUAUCGUGCUAUACUCCACGUUGACAGGAUGUCUGUGCACCUUCCUGCUACAAUGCACAGGGAUUGAGCACAAGAACCCAGUUGCUACUUGGACACGCUAUCAGACCGCUCGCGGGUUCAAGGCUACGUGCUUUUUCAAUCUGGAUCUAGAAAAAAACAUGAUUGCCAUCGAGCCAAGUGAUGCUGUGAUUAUCAGCUGGUGUGAGUCCGAAUCUACCAGCGACUCGGACCGCAAGUAGUUAUCCCUCCGGGUUCGGAGUUCACGGCACAGCA